AUGAUGAUGUCGACCGUUAUGUCCCAUAUCAUUAAUCCUCUCUGUCACUCUCAGCUAUACCAGCAGUUCCCUUGGGUGGAUCUUGACGCAGAUUAUGACAGCUCAGAGAUUGGUUCUCCACUAUCACGUGAUCGGAGGUCGACCAAUAGCACGACUGGAAGCAAAAGUGUAUGGCAGAAAAUUGAGGAGUUCUAUUCAGACAAAAACAACAUGGCCAUGUACUGCGUCUUACCAAUCCUGAUCCUUAUCUACGGCGGCUGCAGCUCUAUCUACUGCAUCCACAAGUGUCGCCAUAUCUCAAAGGACGCAAACACAAGAGGCUCAAGGAGGAGGACUAAUAUUAUUUUUAAUAAUUCAGGAAACGAAGGUCUAAAGGACGGCAGGCAUCGACCGGUCAGUCAAAUCAGCAGUGCUUGGACAGACUUUCACAUGGACACAAGUGGCAGCGGAUGGUCAGUACAGACAGAAGGGCAACCCCUGCGAUUGCCAAGUCUCUCCCCACUUCCUUGGCAGGUACAUUGCAGAGAGGGUGCAAUGGCGCCGUCAAGACAA